CGAUUGGCAGCGACCGCCCCCUUUGGACUGGAGGUUGGCGGGGCGGUGGGAUUCCAGCGUUUUGGGCUGCACCGGCGGCCGUAUUUGCCGUUCACCUUCGCCGAGGGCAACACCGCAACGGAUAUGCCGGGCGCGGCAACUUCAAGUGUCCAUCCACCGCCGGAUGAGCGGGAGCCGGCGGCAGCUCGCGACUACGCUCGCGAUAACUCCGCGGCGAGCUCGGCCCGACCGUCACCUCACCAGAGCCGGCGCGGCACGCUCGACAGCGUGGAGCUGGUCGAGCGGUACCACUUUGCGAAGAACCCAAACAGGAGCGGAUCCCAUUCGCCCAGCCUGUACGAGUCGAGGCGGCGCCUGUCGAGCUUCGGCGCCCAGAAGCGCGCCUUUCUCGAGCUGAUACGCAAGCAGGGCAGCCGGCUGUCGCUCGCCCGCAAGUUCUCGGAGGUGUCGAACAAGACGGACGAGCUGAGCCGCGAGCAUCGGAAGCAGCAGCGGGACAGCAUCCUUGCGAGGAACCAGCUCGGGCUGGCCCUGUCCGCCCUGUACGCAAAGCUGCUGAUAGUGAUGGGCAUCACGCUCCCGCUGACCGAGCUGGUGGCGCGCGAAGCACCGCCAAACUUCCACCAGCCCUUCUACCUCUACCUGUACGGGGUGUCGAUCCUGUUCUGCAGCUUUCUGUUCGUGGCGCGCUGGCGCCGCGCCGCCCAGCUUGAGUUCCUGUCCCAGUGUCCAGCAGGUGCGGACAGGUCUGGAUCAGGCGGGCCGGCCCGGCCGGCCCCAACACCGCACAGUGGCUCGUUCUACCUGCGCAUCGGGGCGAUUGCGUUCGGCAUCGGCAGCCUGGUCUACUCUGCCCUAGAUUUUGGCCAGUACUUCGAGCUCGACGCGAACGAUGGGUGUCGCAAUUUCCUGGUCGCCCUGAUGCCCGCCGCCCGGAUGCUGCUGUGCGUGGUCCAGAUGCAGUUCAUCAUCGUGAGCGGGCAGGACUUCGGGCUCGCCCGGCACGCGUUCGUCUCCCGCUUCGGUCUGAUGCACAUGCUGGCGACGAACGUGUGCGAGUGGCUGUACGUGCUGGUCGAGGAGGCGAAGCAUGAAAUCGUGCCCAUCGACCACAGCCUGCAGCCAAACCGGACCGACCACCACCACCACCAGGAUGACCCAGGAUCAAAGGAACCGUGCCGCAGCACGCACAUCAUGAGCACGCUCGUCCACAAUGCCGCCCCGUUCCUCUUCCCCUGCACCAUCGAGUACUCGCUGAUCUGUGCGCUGACGCUGUACGAGCUGUGGCGCGCGCUGAACCGCACGCUGUCGGCGACGGCGCCGGCCCGCGCAAACCAUCCGCCGCCGCGCCCGACCGCCGCACGGUGACCGGGCGGCCCGCCAACCGCCUCUCGAUCGACUGCUCGAGCGCGCAGCGCGGCCUGUUCGGCGGCAUCGUCACGCUCGUGCUCACGCUGAUCGUGCUGAUCAUGU